AAAGUUAAUGAAUAUUUAGGUUAGGAAAUCUGUCAUAACGCGUUGGCUGGGCACACACGAGGAGUGCAGAGGGAGGGGGCGGCUUUGGUCCCCUUCCGCGCCCACCUUGCCGAUACCCUGGGCAGAAAUGUUGCGUAAAGACAUCCCUACCGGCGGGGCGGGUGCGGGAGAAGACCUUUUUGCACUCCCUGUCGUGUGUGUGUGUGUUUCCGUCCCCACAGGAUAUACUUGCGUCGCUAUCGUCGUUGCAUUCGUCGAUUCGUACGUUUCAUGCGAAAACGCGCCGAAUAAGCAUAGUUUCAUAGUAGUAUUAAUUGGUGUUGGGAUUCUGGAUAUUGAUCUCUGUGGCCCUAGUGUACCUUACUUACUAAACUUAGAAGCGAAAGAUGUUCAUCAGUCUUCCGAAGGGUGGAUACCAGUGUUUGCUGAUUCAGAGAAAAAACUGUCGGUAAUGUCAAUUGGUUUUCUUUUGAAAAGCAAGAACGACAGUGUAGUCUGGCGUGGACCUAAAAAGAAUGGUAUGAUAAAACAGUUUCUGACAGAUGUUGUCUGGAGGGAUAUUGAUUACCUGAUCAUUGACACACCACCUGGUACCUCUGAUGAGCAUAUUACUAUCAUGGAGAACUUAAGAAAUGUAAAAUGCGACGGUGCGAUUAUAGUAACCACUCCACAAGCAGUUGCAGUGGACGAUGUUCUGCGAGAGGUGACAUUUUGUAGAAAAACUGGCAUUCAUAUAAUUGGCAUCGUUGAAAAUAUGAGUGGUUUUAUAUGUCCUUCAUGUACAGGAUGUACCAAUAUAUUCUCUUCAGGUGGUGGCAUAGCUCUUUCAGAAAUGGUAAAAAUCCCGUUUUUAAUUAAAAUACCAAUUGAUCCACAAGUCGGCAAGUUAGCGGAUAAGGGACAAAGUGUUUUGACCAUGUUACCUGACAGUCAAGUUGCACAAGUAUUUAGAAAAUUAGUUGAAGAACUUACCAAAAGUAAGGAGGCUUAAUUGCAUUAUGCGUAAUUUCUAAUGUUGUACAUGGCACUUGUUUAGUGAUGCUCUAUUCCUAAACAAAUUUAUUUAUAAGAAAUUGUAUAUACAAGUAUUUCUCUGUGAAAUAAUUGAUUUUAUAUAGUAUAUGAAGUUUCAAAAAGAAAAUAGUGCUAUUUUCUUAUCAUAGUACUUGUAAAUAUUAUAAGAAAAGGAAAAGGGAUUAUCAAAGAGCACAAAACAGAUAACAGACUUAAUAAUAGGCAUAGUUAAGUAUUCCAUUUUAUAUUUUUUCCCCUCAAUAAUAUAUUGGUUCAACAUGCAUUAGAAUAAAAUGCUUUUUGGCCGAUAUAAUUACUGUAGAGACGUAAUAGAAACAAUUAUACAGUAUGUCAUAAUAAUACUAUCUGUACAAUGUAUCUAAAAUUCCAUUGCAUUAAAUUUUUGAUACUGUGUA